UGGAGGGAGGGAGGGAGGGAGAAACUUCAACUUGUGCAACGAAAAAAGCCUUCUUCGACAAAACGAAAGAAGACGAUUUGCUCAACUCAGUCUCGAUGUAAAUUGCGAGGGGAUCCAUCCAUCCAUCUACCCAAACUUCGGAUUAAAUACACUUUCCCAAUUCAACUUUCUCAAUUUCCCAAUUCGCAAACACAUGUCUGCGUUCAGCUUCAUGUGAUAAUGACUACGAGUGCUCCUGACAUGCGAAGUAAAAAGAAGCACGAGGCCCUGUCCUAAAAUAAGAGAGAGGUGGCGAGCAUGGGCACGGGAGAGAAUGUCCUGACCGGAGCUCGAGAUUUGAAACUCAUCGAAACUUGCAGCAGUGUCGCUACGUAUUAUCUACUUUACAGGAAAAAGUCGAGCUCUUACAUUCUAGAAGAAAAAUCUCAUGUCUUAAUCAUUGAUCACCACCACCACCACCCUCAUGCGAGCAGCAGCAGCAGCAGCAGAUGGAGAACCUAGAUCGAGAAAAUAUCACCCCAAUCGACCUGAUCUGAGCUGUGACCCGACCGGGCCCUACCCGGCUCAAUCCGCCCCAGCUUGACUUACAGGGCCAGAUCGGACUCCACCGGAAGCAGAUAUUUACAUUGUUUGCAUUAUACUCGCGUCUUAAAGCAGAUGCCCCGGCCUGCCCCGCACUGGCCUGCCCAGCACUGACCACCCUCGGCGAAUAUGUAGAUAAGGCGAGAUGCUGCAGCUGCUGAUGUUUCGUGAGCCUGGGGCGGCUGUGAGUCUCACGAGAGGCGGGGACGAUCCAGCAGGCCAUUAAAUUAAGAGCAGUUCUCCGGAAGUCACAUGAUGCGACAUCAAAAGCGAUUAUGGUUUGUACAUUCUGUGCUCUUCUUGUGGCUGUUGUAGGGAGCCAGCCACUUGGGGUCUAGACUCCAUGCUAGGACACGAUAAGCAAGGUACGAGACGAGACGACGGGAGGAUUUUGAGCGCACAGAAUUUGGCAGGGGGUUAGUUACUGUACGAAGCAGGAGUGGCUCACUGACCGAGCGCCCGACUUCAUGCACCACUCCGUGCUCGAAAGAGGUGAACAGAAGAUCAUGAAAACUCGUGACGGAGUGGACUUCGUGGCUGCUCUUUACGAAUCCAGCCAGGUUCGUGAUUGAGAGGCCAAAUAGUGUUCUGGCAUGAUGAUGACUCGGAAGGUUGAGAAAAUGCCUCUGCUCUGUGAGAACCUCAUCUCCGAGAGCCUAGAAUGGAGGGCGUGCACAUUGUCUGUCUCGUUGAACAGCAUGAAGGAAUCAAUCAAUCAAUCUGGCAUCGCCAGCUUUCCACAACCGAGGAUUGUGUGUGGAAGUGUGUCCAUGUUGUUCCUCUUGGGCGAGAUUCCGCAACGAGUGCACACCAUGUCCGGCCUCGGAGGUCUAGCGGAAGCUGAAGCUUCCGACGGAUUGCUUGCUUGCAGCAGUGAGGUCAUACGACGCACAACAGCGCAACAAGCGGUGCGGGAAAUGAUUGGCCGGCCAUGCGAGCAUCGAAGAACAUUCCGUUGCAUCCUGAUGGCAGCAGCAGCCAUGGCUGGCGAACAAUCUACGAUCGCUUCUGUUCCCUUCCGUUCGGUGCCACAGUACCGUGGUCCGUUGGUGGGAGUGCAAAGCUGACCCAUUAUUCCCUUCCUCCUCCGUAAGCCCACCACGAGAUUACAUCAUCGGCAUUUUCCAACUCUCCUGCG